AAAGCAGUUAAUCAGAACAGCGCGGAAGGCUUUGCUGGAUUUACGGUGUCGCAUCUUUCAACUGCGGUAAAUAUACCCCAAAGAUUAUACAUGUGCUUUUAAAAGUAGACUUUCGCCUGAAGGGAACAUUUUUGAAAUGGCAGCGAGUGUAGCGCCGGUCAUGAAUCCGCCGCAGGGGAGCGACGAGCGGGUUGUUUUCACACAGCUAAAGCCGGUGAGGAUGUCCGGAGCAACGGACGGUGCCGAGGACUCAUCCGUGUUUGAGGACGUUAAACCCGGGGCCCAGUUGGAAAUGGACAAAUACCUCCCCCAAAUCACCAACUCACUCUUGAGUCCCGCCAUCGAUCUGAGUGACAAGAAGUACAGGCGGGAAAGUGCCUCAGUGGUGGACGAAUACUUUUCUGAGGACAAGCCGGGCACGCCGUACAGCCUCAACAUCAACGUCAUACUCCCCAGCUCCUCCCACCUUCGCACGGGACUCUACCGCCACAACUCCAAAACCCUGGCCCCCUCGCAGAUCAAGACGGAGCCCGGACUGGAGGUACCCUGCUCCUCUGCCAGCACCCAGGCCCUGCCGGAUUUCACCUCUGUUUUCAACGUGCCGCCUGCAGUCAACGGUGUUUUCGUCAAGCCGGAUCUGAGCUCUGGGUCCGUCGGCCUUUCUGGCGGGUCGCAGCAACAGCAGAGUUUGGACACGGAGCUUCAAAUCGGACCCCCCGCACCCCAGCCGCAGGUCUAUCACUUGCCAGUCAACAGCACAGCGGACCUCACCAUGACUCUAUCGUACUCCGGACCUUCGACAUCUGGCUCUCGGACCAUGCUGAAUCUCGGGAACGGCAGUAAUGGGGGCUCCUACAUGUUGGUCGAACACCAGAUGGGGGCACACCACGGUUACUACCAGCCAUCAGCCACCCAGCAUACGGCUCCCCACAGCCUGCCGCCCUCACCCCCGAACUCGCAACCAGGGAGCCCUGAAGCUCAGGCCGAACUGCUGAGUUUGGCCAGCCAGCCGCCACCCCCGUACCAACAGCAUCUGGUGAGCGGGAUCAAAGUGACGGGGCUGUCCCCGCACGCCUUGCUGAUGACACACGGCCAGGGUGUCCUGACGGGGCCCAAAUACAACCGAAGGAACAACCCGGAGCUAGAGAAGAGGAGGAUUCAUUUCUGCGACUACCCAGGCUGCACAAAGGUUUACACAAAGAGCUCACAUCUGAAGGCACAUCAGAGGACGCAUACAGGCGAGAAGCCGUACCGCUGCACGUGGGAGAACUGCGACUGGCGCUUCGCCCGUUCCGACGAGCUAACCCGACACUACCGCAAACACACGGGCGCCAAACCCUUCAAGUGCGUGGCCUGCAGCCGAUGCUUCUCGCGCUCCGACCACCUGGCCCUGCACAUGAAGCGCCACCAGAACUGACAAAGCCCACUGGGCGCCGUCUACCGCGGGGCUCGCUGAAAAGUCGGGAAAUUUCAUUCUGUUUUUAUUUCUUGGUUUUUCCUGAUCCUAUAACAACUUUCGUAAAAUCUGAUCAAAAUCAGUAACGCCGUUCAUUCAUUGGGGGCCAUUGACGGCUAUACGGUAGAGACUGGGACAAUCAAAAUUAAUUGGACGUCGAUCGCUGCCAAUGGCAGUCAACGAUGCCAAGGCCAAUAUGUUUUCAACUUACAUUUACCCUUUUUAAAGAUAGGAGUGCUAAAAAAAAAGCCUGAUUAGCAGUAAAAGAAAACAAUGAAAUCACCCUAAGGAAUUAAUGCCAUGAAAUGUUGUGUAACAUUGUUACGUUUUCUAACUUUUUUUUUUUUUUUUUAUAACUUACUGGUGGAAUUUAUCACCUGUAUUUUCCACUGAAAAUAAUAUGGCUUCCUCCUUGACACAUUCUAAACAGUAUCCAAAUUGGUGAGUCAUGAUGAGUAGGAAACAUAAGCGACCGGAAAAUUUUUUGGGACGCAUCGCCUCUUUUUUUAGCUUAAAAUUGACAAAUUUUUAACUGCUAAAGUAAAUCUCUGAUUCACACGAUUCGCACGCCACCUUCCGACAAAAUGAUGUCCUAAUGUUAUGUCUUAAACAUCACAGUUGGUAAAAAAAAAGAUGUUUAAACACAACAAUGGAUUGCAGUACCUCAGAUUUUCACAAUUUUAAGGCCAACUUUUUCCAUUAACAUUGCCUUUGAAAAAUAUUGUACAUUUUUAACAUUAAGACGAAGGAUUUAGGGGUUGAAGAAAAAAAUCAUUUUUCACAUUUAACGAUGAAAAAUACUGUAAAUAUGUAGACUCAUGAGUGAGGAAUGAAUUUUUUCUCGAAUCAUGAUGUAAAUUUACCCAAAAUUUCACAUUAACGUUCCAUGUUUCUCCCAAUAUAGUAUUUCAAUAUAAAAACAGAACUAGUAGAAUUUAAUGCACUGUGUACACCACAUUUUGUCAGAUUAUUUUCCACUUUUAAUACGACAAAUGAAAAAAAAAAAACAGAUAACACUUCCUUUUGAGGACCAAACGAAGCAUACAGCUUUUUCUGCUUCACUCUACAUGAAAAAUCUGCUUUUUUUUGUGGCAUUUUUUCUGUCUUGUCUUGUUCAUUGAUGAGUAUUGUCAAUGCAAAUUGUCCCUCUUUAAAAAUUUCCCAACUUUUCAAAGGGCACGUGGAUCCCGUGAUGUAAAUAUUGUUUAUAGAACUUUUGUGCAUACGUGUAACUGUGAGGGGGGGUUUAAAAAAAAUGAAUGUGUCCAAAUUUAUACUUGACUUUUUAUUCAUGAUUUGUUAAUACAUGUUGAAACUUCCCGCAAUUGCGUCAAAGGCAAAAUAAAAUGAAAAGGGAAUUCGUAAAGGACUGGUCAUGCCUGUUUUAUGGCGCCGUUGCUGUUUGUUACGGUUGCUCGGAUGGCAAGACGGUUAUGUAAUCAAUUUUAUAGCAUUUGUUUUGUAUUUUUUUGAAGAGAAAUUAACCAUCUUAAAAAUACAGUUUUGACUCCGUCACCGACGCGUGAAUGCAAUGUGGUUAAAUCGUCUAUUAUUUCAACUAAAAUAACCUUUUUUUCCAACUUUGCAAGGAUUCAAGUUCUCCGACGGCAAUGUGUACAUAAAAUCCUUUUGGAUUUUUUUUGUUUUUUUUUAAGGCUUUUGUAAAUAAUUUGGUUUUUAUGUCAUCUCGUCAGGAUUGUAAUGAUGAAUCAAAAUAUUUGACGAGUUUUUUUUUUUUUUUUGACUUUUCGCUAUUUGACUUCCAAAAUUUUGCAAUGAGGAAAUAAAAAAAGACAAUGUUGAGAUAAUAUGUGACUUUUUCCAUUUCCUCCUGAGGUUCCCAGAGAAAAGUACAACUUAUGAGAUGACUCAUUUAAAUGGCCAUAUUAAUGAGCAUAAAAAAGGCUUGGUACAGUCGCUUUGUUCUUGAAGUAACUAUGUUUUUUGGAUUCAGA